CAUUUUUCACUGCUUCAUUUGCUUGGAGACAGAGAGAGAGAGAUAGAUAGAUAGAUAGAUACACAAAAAGAAGCUUCAUCUCAGUUUUGAUCUCAAACGUACAACAAAGCUUGGAGAAAAAGAUACCAAAAUCCCAGAUGGGUUUUGAAGGCGAUGAGGAAUUAGCCGCCCAGAAUGAAGUUCCAACGAAAUCGGUUUUCAGAUACAACUCGCCUUUGGUGCAAGUGAGCCUAAUUGGGUUGGUCUGCUUCUGCUGUCCCGGCAUGUUCAAUGCCCUGUCGGGCAUGGGAGGGGGAGGCCAGGUGGACCCCACAGCGUCCGACAACUCCCUCACCGCCCUCUACACGACCUUCGCGGUCUUUGGCAUACUUGGUGGUGGCAUAUACAACAUCCUAGGCCCCCGCCUCACUUUGCUUUCAGCCUGCUUGACAUAUGUCCUCUAUGCAGGCUCUUUCCUCUACUACAACCACCACAAGAACCAAUCAUUUGCCAUUGUUGCUGGUGCCGUUCUCGGUGUUGGAGCAGGCCUCCUCUGGGCGGGACAAGGCGCCAUCAUGACUUCGUACCCGCCGCCUGCUCGCAAAGGGACUUACAUCUCGCUUUUCUGGAGCAUCUUCAAUAUGGGAGGUGUCAUUGGUGGCCUAAUCCCAUUUGUUCUCAAUUACCACAGAACCAAGGCUGCUUCUGUCAAUGAUGCUACCUACAUCGCCUUCAUGUGUUUUAUGAUCACCGGGGCUCUUCUCUCCUUGGCUAUCUUGCCCCCAAGUGAGGUUGUUCGUGACGAUGGGACUCGGUGCACCAACAUCAAGUACUCGAACGUCUCAACUGAGCUUGUCGAGAUCAUCAAGCUGUUUCGUAAUUGGAAGAUGCUUCUCAUCGCCCCAGCUGCUUGGUCCAGCAACUUCUUUUACACUUACCAUUUCAAUAAUGUCAAUGGGGUGUUGUUCAACUUGAGAACUAGAGGGUUUAACAAUGUGUUCUAUUGGGGUGCACAGAUGUUAGGCUCAAUUGGGAUUGGAUACUUGAUGGACUUCAGCUUCAAGAGUAGGAGGACAAGAGGGUAUUUUGGAAUUGGAGUGGUUGCUGUUCUUGGCACCGCAAUUUGGGCAGGUGGGCUUGCCAACCAGCUCAACUACACCCGAGCUGAUUCACUAACGAUAGAAAAGUUGGAUUUUAAAGAAUCGGGCAAUGAUUUUGCUGGACCAUUUGUCUUGUAUUUCAGCUAUGGUUUGCUGGAUGCAAUGUUUCAGAGUGUGGUUUACUGGUUAAUUGGAGCUCUAGCUAAUGACUCAGAAACGCUUAGCAGGUACGUUGGUUUUUAUAAGGGAGUGCAGAGUGCCGGGGCAGCAGUUGCUUGGCAAGUCGAUACGCGGAAAAUAUCCUUCUUAUCACAGUUGAUUGUGAAUUGGUCACUCACUACAUUGAGUUAUCCACUUCUGGUGGUUCUGGUCUUGUUGGCUGUUAAGGAUGAGAAAACUUCUGAAGAAGAAAAUGAUACCAAAGAUGUUGAUCCCCCAUCAGCCAAGCCAGCUUUUGUUCACUGACAAGAAUUCAACAUUUCUUGGCUUACCAAGGCAAGUUAUAGUAGAUUUUUCAUUCUGAAGAUGUGAUGAAAUCAUUUCCACGUCUGCCAAAAAGUUGAGAAAAUUUAUGGUGCAAAUGAUAUGUAUUUGUGUAUUAGCUUUAAACGAACCAGACAUCAAUCAAAGUUAAUGUUUGGUUUCCUUAGCCUCCAUCUCUUUGGUUUAUUUUGUUGUCCUGUUUGGUUUCUACUUUUCUAAACACCACCAUCUCUUUGGUUUUUAAUGGUACACAUCACAGGAUGGGAAUUGUGUAGUCAACUCGUUAGCUAGUUAUGCAAUUAUGAUUCCUAAAGACGCUCUUUUGUCUAAUUAUUUACUAACUUUUGUUAGUCACUAUGUAUGCAAUGAUUUACCAAGUGAUUAAUAAAAAGGUCCAUUAUUAAAAAAAAGAAAA